AACUAUGAGCAAAUAAACGGUCAAAAAUAAUUCCCAGCUGCGCCUGAAUCUACGAGCGCCUUAUGCUGGGAAUGCGAGGAAAACUCAGGAAAAUUAAUAAACACAUACAUGUGAGCAGCACGGGGCUCUGGGUGAGCCUGGUGCCGACACACCUGGGGUGACACAAUAGUGCCCUGCCUGCUGCCUCGACUCCCUGAGGAACCCCCCCAGCACCGACCAGCAUUAUGCCCUCUGCGGCCACAGAUGUUGCAGGGAAUGGCCCCUCCUCCGGUCGCCCUAAGUGCAGCACCUCCCAGCUCCAUGGGCGUCGGAGCGGAGGUGCUGGGGGAUGGAACUGACAGGUCCCAAUCCGGAUGUCCGCGGGCAGUCAGCAGCUUGUCCAGCUGGAUGGACAGGUCCACCAGCUCGUCCAAUGUGAGGGUGGUGUCUCGGCAGGCCAACUCCCGACGGACAUCCUCGCGCAGACUGCACCUGUAGUGAUCGAUCAGGGCCCUGUCGCUCCAUCCCCGCGCUUGCGGCCAGAGUCCGGAAGUCCAAGGCUAAAUCCUGCGCACUCCUCGUCCCCUGCCUUAGGUGGAACAGACGUUCACCCACCGCUUGACCCUCAGGCGUGUGGUCGAACACUGCCCGAAAGUGGUGGGUGAACUCUGCGUAACGGUCCAACGCCGCGUCUCCUUCACUCCAUACGGCGUUGGUAUACUCCAGGGCUUUGCCUGAGAGGCAGGAGACGAGGGCGGACACACUCUCAUGCCCCGAAGGAGCCGGGUGGACGGUAGCCAGGUAGAGCUCCAGCUGUAGUAGAAAUCUCUGUUAUCCGGCAGCCGUCAUUAUACUCCCUCUGGAGCGUGAGUCGAAUACCGCUGGGACCAGGUGAAAGAGGGGUGGACAGUGGGACCUGUUGUAGUGGAGCUGGUGGAGGCACUGAAAAACCUCCUCCUCUCUCCUAACGAUCCAUAGUCUGCAGCAUGCGAUCCAUGGCUGUGCCUAGACAUUGCAACAUGGUUGUGUGCUGCUGAACGCACUCCUCCACUGCAACUGGGAUGGCGUCUGCUCCUGCUGACUCCAUUCUUGAGUUAAACAACAUAGAGAGGGCCGUGUCAGCGGCCCACACGUUCCUCCAGAAGAACCCAGAAGACCCUUUUAUCUCCAAGAACAUGAACUACUACAAGACGCUGUUUGAGCUGGACGAGUACCUCAUCGACCACGAGGAGCGUCCCUACGAGCCUGUGUUCCUGAAGGCUGUGAAACUGUAUAACUCUGGAGAUUUCAGUGCCAGUGCUCGGGACAUGGAGCAGGCCACUACGGAGUACCUCAAAAUGUACGACCUCUGCCUGGCAGGCUGCGAAGGGUCAUAUGAGGUCACAGAGUACAAAGACUUCUACCCUACACUGGCAGAUCUCUACACAGAAGUUCUGAAGUGUAAAGUGAAGUGUGAGGAGAACCUGAUGCCCAACGUCGGUGGUUUCUUCGUGGAAAAGUUUGUGGCUACCAUGUACCACUACCUCCAGUUUGCCUACUAUAAACUGAACGACGUGCGUAACGCGGCUCCGUGUGCGGCCAGCUACAUGCUGUUUGACGCUAACGACCAGGUGAUGCAGCAGAACAUGGUGUACUACCGCUUCUACCGAGAACAGUGGGGCCUGGAGGUGACACACUUCCUGCCUCGCCCGGAGGCACUGAGGUACUUUAACCAAACGACCAAGCAGAGGGAAAUGCUGGAGUUUGCACUGAACUACCUACAGACAGAUGAUGAGGGUGUGGUGAGUCCAGAGGAGGUGGCUGCUCCCUCGGCCCCCCCUGACGCUGAGUUUGAGGGGAUAGGAGAUUACGAGGAGUCCUUCGUAGCAGACUGGUGGCAGGAACCCAAAACCAAGGGGGACGCUGGGGAACCUGCAGCCUGACCCCAAACACCAACUCCACCAUGGACACCACCCCUCCCCCAAGCAGAACACUUCUCAAAUCCCCUCUCAAAGAAUAUGGACAGCCCUGCAGAGCCAGACCCCGUCCAGAAAUGCCAGGAUACGAUAUUUAGUACACCCCACACAUUAAAUUGUUCCAUGGUGUAUAUAUACAAACACACACAGACACAUCAUUUCAGAGCUUAAGGAACACAAAAGGGAGAAUUUACAUUGCCAGUUGCACACAGUUCCACCAUUAGCAAGAUCACACAAACACCCACACAGGACAUAUUGAAGGUCAGAGCUGUCCAUGUCUGAACGGAACCUAAAUUGUGCAUCUGUUUUGGCAUAUGGAGAGGGAAAAGAAAGGGAAAGGGGGGAUGCCUAGUCAGUUGUACAACUGAAUGCCUUCAACUGAAAUGUGUCUUCCGCAUUUAACCCAACCCCUCGAAAGGUGUAUUGUAAUUGUUAAUACUGUAUGACUGUUAUUGUUGUUGUUACAUUUCUUAUUUAAUGAAAUGAUUUGCCUUUGUGCCAUAGCCCUGGUAGUAUGGCACUGAUCUAUGCCUUCUGUCAAUAUCUAGGAUGUUUGAUGUUGAAUUCUGACCUAUAGGAGGUGUAUUUUGUCUGUCCAGCGGUAAGAUACAAAUCCACACAAAAUGCUAAGUGAACAACAGCAGAAGGUGUGGAAUAAAGUGACGUAUUAUUUUACUA